GGGGGUAACUGCUGUGGAUUAAUGUAAGUAGUUGGUGUCAGUGUCCAUUCUCGUAUAUAGUCCUGUGUUACCUUCUGAUUGGCUGUCACGUUACUUAUGCUCGGUCAGCCACUGAGGAUUCUGGGAGGUUCAGCAGGUGACCCCCUAACCAUUGUGGGGAGUAGGGGGGCCCAGAGUCACAUGGGGAAACUAUGGUUAACCUGGAUUGCUUAUCAGAAUUUUGGUUUUUACAUGUAUUUAAGUGACUCCAUAGGGAGGCGCUAUUUUAUUAAUCUCACUAGCAGAAUUUAACGCCCUCAAAUUUAGUCUCUCCAACGCGAUUUAUGGGGUUUGUAUAAUUAUAAACUCGGCUUCAACUGCUAAAGUUACACUGAGGGGGAGAAAAAAAAAAAAAAAAAAAAAAAAGUUAACGAGAACAACAUACUAAGGCUUUACAACAUAUAAAGAAUAAGAACCUCGGACGCUGCACAGCAGUAGUCCCAUUUGCCCGGAAUGUGGUGGUGAAAAGAAGGUCCCGAAAGACGAGGACCCGCGGACUACACUCAGUUUUGAAGGACCUGUGAAGGACGCAGGGAAAUGGAAACGCUCCAGUCGCCACUAAAGUUUCGCUGCGCACCGGCCCACUUCCCGGGGCUGUCGCUAUAACCUCGGGCCGCGGACACACGGAAGUGUUUUCUCGCACUUUCCUCUUGAAGCAGCCAGCCAGAGCCGCGGAAGCUGAGGCGAGCCGAGAGAAGGGGGACCGAUGGGCGGCAGUCCGGGCGGCGGGCCGCUCCUCGCGCUGAGCCUCGCGCUCAGGCUCGCGCUCCCUUUACUGCUACUGCAGGUGGCGUCUCCCGCGGCGUCCCGGAGACACACGGUGUACUGGAACAGCAGCGACAGCCGGCUGGUACGUGGAGAUUUAACCAUCCAGGUGAACAUCAACGACCACCUGGACAUCUACUGCCCCCAUUACCCCCAUGGAACCUCCGUGUCGCCGCCAGAGACCCUUGCGCUGUACCAGGUGGCAGAGGGGCAAUUCCGAGGCUGCGUGAAGACGGAGGGCGCUAUAAAACGCUGGGAGUGCAACCGCCCCUACGCUCCCUUCGGCCCUGUGCUUUUCUCGGAGAAGAUCCAGAAGCACUCCCCCUUCUCCAAGGGGCUCGAGUUCCUGCCUGGGCAUCACUAUUACUACAGCUCGCUUCCCAUGACAGAUGGACCUGCCCUACCCUGUCUGAAGCUUAGGCUCUCAGUCUGCUGUGAAUCCAGCUCCCCAGUGUCUAAAAGUGUGGUGCAGCCUCCAGCUCCAGCCCCAGGAACAGCCAUAGCGCCCACCCCACACUGGCAGCUCCCUAUCCUCGUGCUGCUGCUCCUCGUAGCUCUCUGACCCCUAAUCCAGACCCCCCCCAUGCCACCAGUUGUCCUCGGAGACACAGUUUCUAUGGUUUCAUAAUGUACAAAUAAUAGACCACCUGUUGCGUCUUGCUCUGAACAUUCGAUCAUAAUUAACACCGAGAUGAGUUCUCGGUUUCUGUCCAAAAGAAAGCUCAAACAAGCGUGCACCGUAUUCAGUUCAGUUCAGUGUAUGUUCAUAAAGCCCUCUUCUUGGCAGAGCAACACAGAGCACUGAGUAAAGUUACUGGGAUGAUUCGGUAUUACAGGUAUAACAGUUAUAGUUGACAGAGUGAGAGAGGUGGCAGUUGAGGAGAGGAAAACAAAAAAACCCACCCUAGCCAAAGAAAGGGAGAAAAAUAAACCUCUUCUGGUCCAAGUGGCUUCAGAGCAUUUGAAUGUGGUGACAGGUGAUCUGUGUGGACGUGUAAUACAAAAAAGACCUGUGCAAUUGUUAAGAUUGAGCUAAUUUCGUUGUCCAGGCCCAAAGUUGCCGAUCUGGUCGGCAGUGGCAUUCAGCCGUCAGCUCUCGGCAACAUGCGAUCUGUCCAGAGGUGGCAGUACGCUGGAGCCACUGUACUGAUAUCUCCAGAAACCUCCCAGCCACCUUUCGUGCAAGCCUGUCCGUUGCAUUCUCGGUUGCUAAGCACUCAGUUAAUGAGGGUUCUUGCUCCGCCACCUUGAACUCAUUUUGUAAUCAGUCUGAAAUACAGAGAUGCUCAUUCUUAAGUGUGGACAACACCAGGGAAUAAUCCAGUGGUCAGUGGACCUCUGUGGGGGCAAUCAGUAUAAUUACACACAGCUUUAUAGGCAAUUUGCCCUUUACAAGGCAGUGAGAGCUGAGAAUUGUUAAAUUUUUUUGGGUUAAGCGGUGAAAAAACUGGAAUUACAGAAGUAUUAGCUUCAUUUGGGGGUUGAGGCAGGGUUGUAGUGUAAGUUAUCUUUCGCUGAGUAUGAUCACAUGCACUUUAAUAAUGCAGUUUUAAUACAAGGUUCCCUCACAUUACAAAGGCUAAGAGUACAAGACUUUACACUUACAAGCACUUGUGAUUUGUACCCCUCAAGCAAUCAACUCACAAGAAACACGUUACAAAAACAAAUUUUAAGUGAAGAUAUGAUCCUCGGCAAUGUCAAGUACCAGAUAUGAACAUCUGCCCCGCCCCACCCCACCGGUGUCCGACUUCUCCUGUGCAUCUCAGUUGUUUCAUAGCAGCGUGUCACCUUGCAAGCAUCUCUCCUCAGAAAUGUUUUAACUUUUCAUCAUAGUGUUAAACCAAGUAUCAUGUCGUUGAGCCCUAAAGCGAAAAAGUUUCACAAAGUGGUAAAUGAAGCUGAAAAAGCCAAAGGAACACCUGAUCACUUUUAAUGUUGAAAGGACAAAAUCCAUGCAGUUCUCUUGAAAGGCGAUAUUUCCAUUAUGCAUCACUUUGUGCCAUUUCAUUGAGUAUUAUUGCAAACAAUUUUUAAUAAAUAGCACACCAGAGAGGAGUUACAAGCUAUAUGAGUGACUGCAGUGGUUAUAUUACAUAAAUUUAGCAAUUAAGCUUAUAAUUGCAUUUUGAUAAAUAGAUUCCUCUGAUGUUUCAUUAUUUUAGGAAUAAAGGAACAUUUGAACAGCUUCAUCACAUCAUCUCUAUUUCCACUGAAACUUUACAGCUGACAAGAGGGUCUGGGUCCAUCAGUUGUCAUGACCACACUAUCUCCUUGCUCUUUGGUAUCCUGCUAACUGAACACAUUUUUUAAAGGCAUAAGGAAGCAUUCCGAAUUAAUUCAUACCACCAUCUUUUACAAAGUAAACAGCUUUUUUGCUUUUUGUUAUUGAUACAACUAGCUACUUCCUUUGAUUUCUGCCAUUUAAUGAAACAAUCACAUAUGUACAUGCAAACCAGAGUAUGAGAGGGAUAUACAAAUGACAGUCUUGUAAUGUAUUACUGGCAUUAUUGUGUGCAUGUAAACAUAUUCAUAUCUAUCAGUUGAUUUUCAGUCUUCCUAUGAAACAGUUAUAACCCAAAGCCAUAAGUUCAAGAUGUUUGUUUAAUAAGUAGCUUUUCUUCAUGUUUUCAACCAAAGGUAGUAUUGUUUAAAUAUGGUAAACAGUUGGGUAGUAACAAGUCACAUUUACUUCACUUGUACUUAAUUUCUAGAGAAACUGUACUUUUCAAACCUGUUUUUGGCACAGAUGCAAUUUUGUACUUUUCCUUAAUCAUUGUUCUGUUGAUGUUAACAUCAUAAAACUUCUCUGCACAAGUCUGUUGCCACUUCUUUGAACAGACAAAACUGUCAGAUAAUGAAAAAUAAAUCAGUGAAAAACACUUCAAACCAUGGCUCCCUAAGCCUGGUUUCUAAUAAGGCUUUGAUGUGUUUAUUUUGGGUUGAUGAUUAACAAGACAUUGUGAUCAGAUUUUAAUCUUCCUUCUGUAGAAUUUAUAUUUUGCUUAUGUAAUUUGGGGGGGGGGAGUACCUUUUCACAUUUUUGUGAAUUAUAUACAUCUUCUAUGAAGACCUCCGAUGUUCUUUUUUAAUGUGCAACUUAAUAAAUAAUUGUAAUAAACUGGUUUUAUGUAUUUUUUUUCUUAUAUG